GCAGGCAAAAGGGGAGGGUUUAGAAGAGAGCGCACUUCCGGUGCCCUUUCUCCCGCGAGCACUGCCGCUCCGAUCCCUCGUGUGCUGGUUGUGAUCUCCAAACUGGAGUCGGGUAGAGACGGGCGGGCACCCCCUCCUGACCUCAGGUGCCGCCGCCCUCAGAAUCAGAUAUGGCCCAGAAUUUGAAGGACUUAGCGGGACGCUUGCCCGCCGGGCCUCGGGGCAUGGGCACGGCGCUGAAGCUGCUGCUGGGGGCCGGCGCUGUGGCCUAUGGCGUCCGCGAAUCCGUGUUCACCGUGGAAGGCGGGCACAGAGCCAUCUUCUUUAAUCGGAUCGGUGGCGUACAGCAGGACACCAUUCUGGCCGAGGGCCUUCAUUUCAGGAUUCCCUGGUUCCAGUACCCCAUUAUCUAUGACAUUCGGGCCAGACCCAGAAAAAUCUCCUCCCCCACAGGCUCCAAAGACCUGCAGAUGGUGAACAUCUCCCUGCGUGUGCUGUCUCGACCCAAUGCCCAAGAGCUCCCCAGCAUGUACCAGCGCCUAGGGCUAGACUACGAGGAGCGAGUAUUGCCGUCCAUUGUCAACGAGGUGCUCAAGAGCGUGGUGGCCAAGUUCAAUGCAUCACAGCUGAUCACCCAGAGGGCUCAGGUAUCUCUGUUGAUCCGACGGGAGCUGACAGAAAGGGCCAAGGAUUUCAGCCUCAUCCUGGAUGAUGUAGCCAUCACAGAGCUGAGUUUUAGCCGGGAGUACACAGCUGCUGUAGAAGCCAAACAAGUGGCUCAGCAAGAAGCCCAGCGGGCCCAGUUCUUGGUGGAAAAAGCAAAACAGGAACAACGGCAGAAAAUUGUGCAGGCUGAGGGUGAGGCAGAGGCUGCCAAGAUGCUUGGAGAAGCACUGAGCAAAAAUCCUGGCUACAUCAAGCUUCGCAAAAUACGGGCAGCCCAGAACAUCUCCAAGACGAUUGCCACAUCACAAAAUCGUAUCUAUCUUACGGCUGAUAACCUUGUGCUGAACCUACAGGAUGAAAGUUUUACCCGGGGAAGUGACAGCCUCAUCAAGGGUAAGAAAUGAGCCUGAUGAGCAGAACUCUACCCCCAGGGAGGAAGCAGAUGUGUUUCUCCACCAGUUUUUGAGGAACCAGCUAGGGGUCCAGCACACUCCAUCCCAAUAUCAUGUGAUGGUCCCCUCUGUGCCCAUCCUCUUGAGCCCUCGUGGAUUGAGGAAGACUGACGACCAACCCUAUUUAGGGGAAUGACUUUCUUCCUCCCUGUGUUGGCCAAGGCUGUUGGAACAGUUUGUGAUUUCUCAGUGAUUUCCUACACUGUUGUUCCCUCCCUCAAGGUGGGAGGAGAUAACCACCGUACCAGGAAUUCUCAAUAAAUUUUUAUUACUUAAGCCAAAAUUAAGGCUUUAGGUGUCUG